AUCAUCGUGAGGUUCAAUGAGUGUUCGGAGUAUCACUAGCCGACGUUUGAUGAGCAGGGCGCGCCGUCGGCCAAUAUGCACUUUCACCUUUUCUUUUCCGCAGCAGUCUUCGACCAUUUCAUCAAGCUCAGGUUACUCACUAUCAUUUGCUCCAAUCAACAUUCAUCAUGGCGAACAAGCAGACCGGCAUCGAGCAUCGUACGCUCCAUGAACUCUCCGGCGCCGAAGCAGUCUCCUUGAUGCAAUCUGGCGAGCUAACAUGCGAGACUUAUGUGACAGCAUUGUUGGCUAGAGUUGCCGAGCGAGAUGCAGCCGUACGAGCUUGGGUGCAUCUCGAUAAAGCACAAAUCAUGAAUCAAGCACAAGAUUUGGACCGAGUACCUGUCGGCCAACGUGGUCCCCUCCAUGGCUUGCCAGUUGGCAUCAAAGAUAUCAUGUUGACCAAAGACAUGCCGACGCAGUACAACUCGAAGCUAUUCGAAAGCACAGAACCAAUUGCAACAGACGCGGCAGCAAUUGCCGUGCUACGAGCUCGAGGGGCAUUGAUAUUUGGGAAGACCACCACAACUGAGUUCGCUUCUUCGAAGCAAGGAAAUUGGCAUCAGAAUCUGACGAGGAACGCUCAUGCAGAAGAUAGAACUCCAGGAGGAUCCUCUUCAGGUUCAGGAGCAGCUGUAGCUGAUGUUCAAAUUCCAGUGGCGUUAGGAACGCAGACGGGAGGGAGUAUAAUCCGGCCUGCAGCAUUCAAUGGGUGCUACGGAUUCAAGCCGACUUGGGGAGCUGUCUCGCGAGAAGGAAUUGGACAGUGGAGUACGACGAAUGAUACAUGUGGCUUCUUCUCGCGGACCAUCGACGAUCUGAAGCUCUUGUUAGAUGCAUACAGCAUAGAAGAUGACACUCCUCCACGACAGUUCACUAUCAAAUCUUCACGCAUCGCUUUCUGCAAAACAUCCUUAUGGCCCAAUGCCGGACCUGGAACACAGAGCGCGUGGGAGAAAGCAAAAACUUUGUUGACCACCGAAGGCGCCCAAAUAACAGAUCUCGAACUCCCAGAAGAUUUCUCCCACCUCAACGACUGGCACGACAUCAUCAUCGCGAAAGAAGGUCAAGCAUCAUUCCUCGGAGCCUACCUCGCAGACAAAUCCAAACUCGAAGAUUCCAUCCAGGGCCACGUCGAGGAUCGGAAGAAAUACACACGGAAACAACAGUCAGAAGCAUAUGAUAAUUGUGCCCGAUUAAGAUCUGUAUGGGAUUCGAUCGCGGGGCAAUAUGAAGUGGUCGUUGUACCUUCUGUGCCGGAUGAGGCGCCGCUUGGACUGGAGUGGACGGGCGAUAUGAGCUUUAAUUCGAUGUGGACUGUUCUGCAUUGUCCGGUGAUACAUGUUCCGGGAUUUAAAGGGCAAAGUGGUAUGCCUGUUGGGUUGUCGUUGGUUUCCGCGAGAUUUACGGAUCAACAAUUAUUGGAGACUGCUCAGGUUAUAGGGCAGUUGUGGCAGGAGAAGGGAAGCGAUGGAACUAUACCGGAAAACAAAAAGUUGGAAUAAUGCUCAAGGUGCUAGUACUCAACGCUCGAUGACAUGGCCUAAUGACUGUUCUUGCCGGCGACAACAGCGCGUCCUCCUCUCAAAGCCACGAGCUCCCUCCACAAUGGUGGUCGCAAAUAAGCUGCCUUUGUGCAACCUCCUCGUCAGCUUGCAGAACUAUUCAUUUCCCCAGCAGAUCACGCGGACAUUCUCCUCGAGCAUGCAUGCACUCCAGACGCAAGGCACCGACUCCCACAACUGCCAUCGCUGCCAUUGAUGCCACUGACUCGAGGACCGGAUAAGGCCCGGCGCGUAUUGCGCCAUAUGGAAAUGACUCGCAGACCCGGAUAUCCACGCAAGCAAACCCUUGUGUCUCAAAGCCUGGUCUAUCGAGACUCCACACUGAAUGCUUCGAUCACCAGCACGCGUUCUCAAUGAUUAGGUCGCGUCGAUAAGGGUUUGGAGGUAGGAGCAGAUGGUAUUGAAACAGAUGGACUGGAGGUGUCAGAAACCGAAUCGAAAAAAAUACAUUCAACCUCUGAAAAUCUCGAGAAGAAAAAAAAAGAGCGGUGACCAGCCACUUUCAACUCCUCAAAAAGAUGGCCACAGGCGGAAGCGAUAUGGGUCUCUUGUUAGCAUCAAGCUUCGCGAGAGAGAAUUCAAAAUGGAAAUCAAGAUAUGCACUAUUAGGUCUCGAUUAAGAUGGACGACCCGGUUACACGGCAUCCACGUAGUACAUACUCCCAAGCAAGCGUG